AUGACCAUCAACAUAUCCUUGCGGGACCUUGUGCUCGCUGAACUCAGAGCGCGCAGCACACCCCUGGAUCGCGCCGAAAUCGAGGACGGGAUGGACAACGUGCUUACCUACUUACGCAGAUGCUUCCCUCCAACCCACCCACACUGGCUGAAGGUCCAAAGACAAAACCUCUACGACGUAGAGACUGUCAUCAGCCUGGAAGUCGCCCAGUGCAAUGCGAACAGGUGGCUUGCCAAUGAAGCUACCAUCGUAUAUCUGUACGAGAAGAGGCUGCUAGACCUCGGGUUUGACGAGAACGGUCUGGGCGCGAAGGGCAAUAACAAGCGGCAUAAAGAGGAGAACAUCGGCGAGAGUGAAGGAGGUAGAUAA